GCCAGUACUAUUUUGUCUCCACACAAGACACCACAAUGCUCCAGCUCCUGUUUGCUCUGGCCCUCAUGGGAGCCGUCCACGCCGACAAGAUGUUCAGCCCGCCCGCUCCUCCCGCCCCAGGAUACUCAUACGGCGCCCCGGACCUCAGGGCCGACGCCUCCACUCUCGACCAGCAGGAACAGGACCCCAUCGCCGCUCUGGCCGCCAACAUCCCCGGCGGAGGCGUCCCUGGCGAGGACUACCCCAUCCUGGCCUCCGUCCCCGACACCGGCUUCUCCUGCGAGGAACAGCAGUUCCCAGGCUACUAUGCUGACACCGCCCCCGAGGCCGGCUGCCAAGUGUUCCACAUCUGCCAGUUCGACGGCCGCCAGGGCGCCUUCCUGUGCCCCAACGGCACCCUCUUCAACCAGCAGUACUUCGUGUGCGACUGGUGGUUCAACGUGGACUGCGCCGCGUCCGAACAGUUCCGAAGUCUCAACGCUGACAUCGGCAAGAUCCCCGAAGACGCCGCUGCCUCCGUCCGCAACGACGCCGUGGCACCCAACCAGCUCUAUGACACACCCGAGGCACGCCAAGACACGACAGAGCCUCCCGUCACAGUUCCAGAACCUUCCAUCUUCUAUAGCAGUCCGCAGCUAGGAUAAUUUUUUUUCUCGAGUUUGCGAAGAAAAUGGUAAUGGUCUUAUAAAACUAUCUUCAUAAAUAAUCUAAAUUAUUAUCAU